GUGAGAUCUAACCAGCAACAUCGGAGGAGAGACAGGGGUUCGGAGAGGUUUUCCACAGCCUCUUGGUAUUGUAACGACGCGACGAGCCUGGUGCGUGGCAGACGCUACCGCCACCCUCCCGCCGGAGUAUAUCGGCAGUCAGUCGACAAUCGGCCCUGUCUGGUGUGACCGCAGUUCCGUGGAGGUCCAGCAACUGUAUUUCAUCGUGGUGAUUAUAAUCGAUUUAAACAUACCCUUUUUUUUUAUCUAUUCGGCCUCCCCGCGUCCCUGGCCAAUUUGCAAUUAAGGGCCUAACCCCGCUGACUUUGACUUCAUUUCGAUUUGCAACUCCAGCACAUGCAAACCCUAGUGUGACUGUCCAUAGGAAGUAUUUGUGUCUAGGGUAAUGUUCCAUGAGUAACAACAAAGCUUACCACACGUGUUUACGUGUGAUCGUGUGAAUGAAACCAAACACGUCUGUAUUAUUUUGAGUAAUCUACAUCGUAUUAUACAGAAAACAGCAGUCUAUGCUGAGUAGGAGAAAUGCUUCACAGUCGACAGCUAGCUUCUUGUUCCUAGCACAUGAGGUUCUGAGCAGACAAGCUCAAGCUGGGGUUGACUACCCACGACCAGUAGCGUAGCCAGGAUUUGUGUAUGCGAGGGGGGGGGGGGGGUUAAGAAGCAUGGUUCCCCCCCCCUCCCAAUUAAAGCUGGGGGUCUGGGGGUAUUUUCCUCCCCCGGAAAAAUUUUAUUAAUUUUUUAAUAAAAAAAUUGUUGGGUGAUGAAGUAAGAAAUUAACUAAAGAUAUUUUAAUCAAUCCAAGUGCCUUGUCCACGUCCACUCAAAAUCAUAACUCAUGCUCGAAGCUCAACAAUAAAAAAAAAAAAAGGAAUAAAAAUGGUUGGGUUUCGGCAGAACUGGCCUGUUCCUGGAAACAAUUAACUUUAGCUUGAACAGUUACACCUGCUUAUAAUUAUUGCGCUGGUUAAAUACAAUAGGUGUAAGAUAUUUGAAAACUUGGGACCCGUCCCAGCGUCACAACCUUAUAGCUUCUGUAGAAUCGGUAGGGCUCGCUUGCUCUUUCCCUCCAGUGCAAUGGCCGGUGAUAGCAGUAAGACGCCCAGGCUUUUAGCUAACCUGCUUUCAGAUAAGAUAAAAAAUUAAUGGGCUAAGGGGGGGGGGGGUGGUUAGAACCCCUAAAACCCUUUCCCCCGGCUACGCCUCUGCCCACGACAGAAAAAACCUGGUUAAGGGUACAGAACCAGUCUGGCGACAAACUUGCCCUCCCUGGUCAAUAUCAAUCAUUUUAAUUCAUCCAGCGAUGCACUAGGUCCACCCUGGGUCUCAUACCUGAAACCAUUGAUGAUGGUAACAGUAAUGAUUAAUAUUUAUUCAUACAUAAAUACUAGGUUAUUAUAUUUAAAAUUAGUUUUAAAAUAUUUCCUUUUCAAAGAGUAAUGAAACACUACCUACUGGUUUAAAGGAAAUAUAACCGAACAGCCACUGAUGCUGAUAUGUAUGUCCUGCCAAAAGUGCCUACUAAUUGUGCAGCAUAAGUCAUAACAUAAAUGUAAAGAUUUACAGGACAUAAAAUGCUCGUCAACUAUUGUUUAGAGAAUAAUAACCAUCUAAAAAUUGCUAUGCUGAAAGAUCAUAAUGAUACUAAGAUCAGUUUUGGUGACUUCUGAAAAAUUACAUUACUUGUUGACACUAGCAACUCAUAAGGUACCGGUAGUUAACAUAUAACACUUAAUAUAAUUCUUCAGAUUGGUCAAUAUUUAUUUUGACGGCAGCAUAAAAUGAAUACUAGAACAUUAUUAAUACAUUUAGUAGUGUCAUACAUGUUACAAAAUGGAUACGCAUCAUAGUGCCUGCCAACAUGCUUAUAUUUAGGUUUUAAAAUGGUAAUAACUACUUAAGCCUGAUUUCUGAUGUGAUAAAUGACAACUUAACAAACUUUAAUUAUAUAGCACUUAAUACAAUUUAUGGUAAGUUUUGACUGUAUCUGCUAUUUCAUUAAUUUAAAUGAUUCUGAAAAUUUGAGCAAGUGCUAUUUUAGCUAUAUUUAUAAUUUGAAUACCCGCGGUUUUGUGGUCUUCAAAUUACUACACACACAUUUGUGCAAUGACGGCUCCAUAGCUAUAAGAUACAACCUCUAUUUAGACAUUUGUGUCAGCAAUAAUAAUAGUGAGUUUUGUUUGAUAGCAAAGAGAUUAAAUUUACAGAGUCUUGUUACUUUAGCAUUGUUCACAUUGAAUUAAAUUGCAGGAAAUAAAAACUAAUCCAAACAUGUUUUUUUUUCUUCAAAGAUUAAACUUUAUGACGUAAAACAACUGUAAUGCAAUUUCAUAAGAAACAUGCAUAAACAGAUUUAUACAUACAUGCAUUUAAGUACAAUUAUACUUAAAACUUAAAAUUACUACAUAAUUUAUAACAGCUUGAUAAAAAUUUAUACAAAUAUAAAUUUCAAAAUUAUUUAGAUUGCAAAACCAUUUUAAAUUACAUUUUUAAAGAAAACAUAUAUAAAACAUAAAUAGAAACAAACAUAGUAUGUAUGAAUAUAUUAAACUGUAGAUACCUACUAGGUAAUAAUGUUAGUGUAGUUAAUCAAUUUUCAUAAUCUACAUUAGGAUUGAAAUCACACAACUGAGUACAUUUUAACAACAAACCCACAUUACUCAUUUUGCAAUGCUAGUGUUUAUGCUUAUAUUGACCACACUCUUGGCAUUAAAAGGAACUUUUCCUUGUCAGUUUCAUCUAUAUUUUAUUAGAAUUAUGCCUGUCAUUUGUAAUAAUUAAUCUGUGUAGUGGUGCACGUAAUAAAGACAAAACUAUAUUCAUUUUAUGUACACAUUUUAAUUGUUUUCCUUCCACAAUGAUACUUUAACUAAGAAUUUAUAUAUUUGUUUUCAUAUCAGUUUAUUUUUGUUUUGUUAUUUAAACGCAAUGUCUGCGGCACUGACUGUGGAGUGCUAAUGGGGUUAGUCACACUGAAAACAUCUGCGACUAGACAUUUGUGUAAUGAUGGAUAAAGUUAAAGCUUGGAACUCUAUAGAGCAGAUGAACAAUUAUUAUUACUUGAAGUGAAUUGAAGGACGUUUUUGGAGGUGGUCACCAAUUUGGACAGCAAGUAAAUAUGGUCUAACUUUAAAGUUUGGUUGUAAUCCUUGCUGUAACUCAACUUGCUAUUUCUUGUAAUUUUGUUAUUAUGGAAUGGAAGCAUAUUACAUCCCCUAGUUUUUAAAAGUUAAUUCACUGUUUAAUAGUAAUGUUGAGACAUAUGUAUAAGAAUAUGACUCCAGCAUUAACUUGACCUUCAAUCUGUGUAGCAAUGGUGCUGACUCAGUGUAAAAUGAAGUUGUUAAAUUUAAUGGUUUUUGCAGUAUCUACAAUAUGGUGCUCUCUUAUGACAGAUUUUGUAAUCAUGGAUGAGAAUACUGAAGUUCAACUGUACCAUUGGCUACUACUACUAAGACUGGGCUUCAUCUGCCAUAUUUAAUUUUUAGUGUUUUACUACUUACAGAAUUUUAUGUAGAUAUAAUUUUAAAAGAAGAAUGUAAUUGAUAUUUUUUUUUCUCACAAAAGAUUUUUUUUUUGUUUUACCCAGCUGUAUGAAACCCAGAUAAUGUACUUUUAGUGAAUCCCAAUAUAAUCAAUUAGGCAAAAAAAUUUAAUAAUGAAUAUAUUCUUGACUUGGCAGGUAACAUGUAACAAAUACCUAUCUAUCUAUUAUCCUAAUUUUUUUUUAAUAAAAAAGCAUAAACAAUGAAACAUGCAUAAAAAUUGGGCUAGAUGAACAAUAGUGGCAUGAAAAUCACUAACCCAAAAUAGUAAGUGAAUCAAGCUCUAAGAGAAUAUAUUACCAAUAGCUAUACAGAUUUAUCAUUGGAAUGUGAAUAAAUAUAGUACUUACUAUGCAACAUUUUACAUUUGGUUUCAGUUUAUAAAUUAAUGUAUGUAAUAAAACAAAUAAUAAAAUUUAUAUGUUUAAAGCCAUUUCAGUAGUACUGGUCAAUGUUAUGAGAGAGCUUGACCAACCAAACAAAACAUGUAGAAAAGUUUCUGUAUUCAAAUGACACACAUUGAAGACCCUUAUAUAGUUAUUUGAAUCUACUUGGGUUUAUUUCUCCAUAACAUUACCAUGUAAAAUGAUACAAAACUACAAAUUUAUGGUAUCCAUUAGGACAUGACUCUUUAGUUCAUGCUAAUUCUACAGAAAACCAUUCUGUCAUUGCACUUAUUGCCCUUUGCAACAAAAUAUUAUAAAUAAUUUUUUGGUUAUUUUUAUUAGUUAAUGAGUAUAAAUACUAAGAAAAGUAGGUAAACUGUAAAGUAAAAGUACUAAAAACCUUGAUAUUCAAUUUAGAAAAUUUAAUUUGAAUGUUUUUGAAUUAAAUUCUUAAAAACUAUUUUUAGGUACUAACAUAAUUAUGUGUCUGGAUGAUGUAACAAUAAAAUCACAUCAAUAAAACGUUCAUACUACAUCCACACUGACAGAACAUUUGAUGGAGUGUACCUGAAUAUGUUCUGUAAGACAAUGUUUCCAUGCAAAGCGACUACCACAUUGCUGACAUUUGUAGGGCUUCUGUCCAGUGUGUGUUCUCGUGUGACUUUGUCCGUGCAAACCUCAUCACAUUGCUCACACUUGUAGGGUUUCAGUGUGUGUUCUCAUGUGUCUUGUAAGGUGACUUGCAGUGUUAGAGCUCCUACCACAAUGCUCGCACCUGUAAGACUUCUCCUUUACUGUGGGUGUUCGUGUAUUUGUGUGAUUGGCAGACUUCACAAUGCACCUACCGCUGCCCUCUCAUUGUAACCGUGCUGCGUAGUUUCAGAUUUUGUUACCAGACCUGGCAUGGCUGGAUGUGUCAGCUACUGGGAUGAAGCAUUGCACACUGCUGCCAACGGUGGCAAUCCAAAGUUUCUCGCGACAGAAUUUAAUAUGUCUUUCGAGGUACAUGAGGCUGCUGAAGCUGGUACUGCAGUAUCCGCAGGUAAAUACUCGGUCUGAAAAUGACAGAGAUAACGUUAAGUUUUGCUAUCAAUUAUGAAAGGUAGUAAUAGUCUAACAGUCUUGGCAAAUUAAUAACAUAUGAUGGUAUUAUUGUCUUUAAAUUAAAUUAUUAAUAAAAGAAAAAUUGUGUAUUGAAAUUGUUUAUUUGAGGAGAACUUUUAUUACCGCCACCGCCACCACUUGAAAAGUCUCCAAAAUAUUUCUUGCUGUGUAGAGUCAAUAAUAUUUGUUUGACAUUAAUUUUUAUAACCACCAAAAACCAAAUAAAUACUAAUCUUGUACUGCAUGAUACUAAUCUGACUAUGUUCGCCACAUGGAUCAUUGAAUACACCGGAGUCUUCUUUGCUUGUUCUUUUUUGUGCAAAGCCACUGUCUGAAAUGAGUCUUGCAAUUGGUAUUACUGGCAGAAUAGCUGGCAUGUGCUUUUAUUUUUCCGCCAUCUCAGAUUGAAAAUCAACUGCAUGUUAUGGAUGCCCGCUUGAUCCAAAUAAAUUUAAGAAAUAUUUGUACCGUAUAAACCCACGUACCACCCGCCCCCGGGUAAGAGCCGCACCCUUAUUUUUAGAAUGCCAUGGUGGGAAAAAAUGUUUUUAUUGCAAAUCUGCACGGAAAAAAAAUAAUUUAGUUGUGAUUUCUUUUCCUUUCAAACAGUAACAAAUCAUAAAGAAUUACCAAAAAAGUACUAUGCUACUUAUUACAGCCUCGGCAUUUGUGUUAAAAGUGUACAGAAGGCAGGCAACUGCAAUGUGGCAACAUCGCGCAAGUAGAACGUGGCAUCGGCGCGUGCGAUCGAUAACAACACGCCGUGUGUGCACGUGACCUUGCCCAGAUCCCAGCUAUUUACAGUUACAAUCUCCCGCGUCCAUUAUCGUGCGCUGGGCAAUGACCUCGUUCAAACAAAUAAACGAUAAAGCACGUGAGUCCUAGCCAUGCAUAAUAAAAACUAUUUUUAUUACAUGCAUAAUAAAAAUCCUUGUGCCUAAAUGUGGCAUAUACCAUAUAAAAAUAUAAAUUAGGUUAACACAAAUACGGCAUUUAUUAGGAUUAAAUAAAAGUGACGUACGAAAUCACAGACAAUAAAAUUAACAAAAGAAUAACAUGAUGUCACAGCUGUCAGCCAAGAAUGGAUUUAAACUUCCUCACAGCUGUUGUCCACAGUGCUGCUAGUGUUGGAGCACUCAUCAUCGGAGCUCAAGCAAUCGUCUUCCGUGUCGUCGAGCGCAUUUGAAAACUCUUUACGACUAAUGUUUCUGGGAUCGCAGACCAGGCAUUAAGAAUCCACUGACACACAAGAUACAAGCUUGGUCGCCUUAUUCUCCCGGUUGGUGUCAUUUCGUGGUUUCGCUCGCCAUCCACUCGGAGUAUUGCAGCUUCAGAUCCGUUUUAAACAGCCUAUUGAUACAGAUGUCAAGGGGCUGCAAAACUGAAGUUAAUCCUCCAGGUAUUACGACCUGAUCUGUUCGCCUAUCUUUCAGACGAUUCUUUGUUUCUUCGGUUAAAUGACCGCGAAAGCUGUCCAACACCAGCAUGCUUCGUAAUUUCAACAAAGCACCGGGUUGUCGUUCCCACACAGAUUUAAUCCAGUCCACAACCAUUGCAUGGUCCAUCCAUCCCUUCUCUUUAGCCCUCACAAUAAUACCAUUAGGGGAUUUUUCAUUUUUUGGAAGCGAUUCCCUUUUAAAAAUCACAUACGGCGGUAGUUUUAUCCCGUCGGAAAGGACUGUCAACAUUACAGUGCACAGCAUUUUUUCACAGCCUCCAGUUAAGAUGCGCACUGUUUUUACACCUUUUGUUUCAAAUGUUAUAUCUGCAGGCAUUUCAAAGUACACAGGUGUUUGGUCGGCGUUUCCAAUUUGUGAAGACAAAUAUUUGUGUUGUUUCCGCAGCUUUAACACAUGCCUCUGAAAUGCUAUUAAUUUCUCAUCGUAGCUUGUCGGUAAACGCUGGCAGAUUGUAGUACGCCGCCUCAUGGACAAACCCUUUCUUACCUGAACCUGCGCAUCUUUUUCCUACUUGCUUUAAAGCCUUCACCCACACCAAGUUCACGAGCAAUUUGCAGCGCCUUUAGCGAACACAUUUCCGUGUUUACAGCGUACCCGAAUUGCCUUCUGUCCUGUAUGUAGUCAUAGAGUUUUUCCUCUAUCUCCGGAAACUUUGCUACCGCACCCCGGAACGCACAUCUAUCGCCACUGGCCGAAAGCAGUUUGUCUUUACUUUUCCUCCAAUCCCUCACACAUGAUUCGUCGACAUAAUAUUUUCGCCCAGCAGCACGGUUACCGAUUUCUCUCGCUUCACUGAUUAUUUUUAAUUUUUCCGCAACUGUGAAAGAACGCAACUUUUUACGAUUCAUACAAUACUUGCAGCCAACACACGUGUAAAACCACUGCGUACUUUGCAAAUGAGGAUAGGACAGUGCGUGGGAGCGCGCGUUUGUAACCAGCGAAGCUGCAGUGUGACAACGCUGUGAGGAAUGUGACCUUGACUGUCUGCCGCUUCCUUCCCAUCCUUUUCCCCUACCCCUCUUGCCUAUCGCAGCAACCUCCAGUCGCGCCGGCGUUAUUUCGUCACCGUGCAAAAAUGGCCCAAGACCCAUGUAACACCCGCACCCUACUUUUUGGACCCUUUUUUUUUUUAAAUGGUGCGGGUGGUACGUGGGUUUAUACUAGGGAUGGGAAAGUCGAUCCGUCGAUUCUUCGAUACCCCGAUUUUUUGAUACAUAAUCGAUAAUCGAGGAUCGGCGAAAAUCACCGAUUAUUAAAAUUCUGCAGGAUGUAGACGUAAAGUGCUGCCUAGCAGCGGUUCAUCGCUGUCGUUGCAGUAAUUUUAGUCAGUUUUACAACUAAAUAAAUAACCAUAAACGAUAUAAUAAAUAAUAAAUGAAAUAUAACAUAGCUUACCACAGCUCAGUUGCCACAAUCCCGUAAGCGGGAACGGAGGUUGGCGAUUUCGUACUGUGCAUUUAGGGUUAUUUAUUUAUUAACGCAGUGUUAUCGUAUAAAGAAAUUGUAGCCCAACUUUUACUUGCUGAAUACACCCACAUUGGUAGCCAUGUGCACAAAAUUUCAAGAUUCUACUGAGAAGUGUGCCACGUUUUCUACGUUUCUAGUAUAUUUAUUCACUUGCGUUGUUGCAUAUUUAUUUUCGUCAAUGAUUUUUUUUGUUAACCAGCAUUUGUCUAUACAUGAACUUUCACAGGUUUGCCAACUUCCGGUACAGAUCUUAUUCUCAAUUACUUAACGAUAAAAUGCAAGAAUAAUGUGGCCAUAGCCCGUAACAUUUUACGAGUUACGUAUUUUCCGUAAUUUAUUUAAUAACAGUAAACAUUAAAUCACCAGUUAAUUACGCAACUUAAACAUAAAAUUUCAAUGGACGUUUUUGAAACACGUUUUCAUUCCAGUAAGUUACCAGUACGGCAACUGUAGAAAUUUUCUUACAUGCUUUUGUUUCCAGUGAUGCUUCUUUGUUUGAAUGUUGGGUAAUGUUAGCGCAAUACGAAUAGUAAAAUAACAUUUUUAUUUACGUGAUGUCUAGUGAAGUGUGGAAAUACUUUGUCAUCGACCGACAAAAUUCUGGCUACGCAAUAUGUCAAAUCUGUAAAUGUACAAUCUCACGUGGCGGUAAAUCUAAAACUACAACAAACAUGAAAAAACAUCUCGAAAACAAGCAUGGGAGUUACGUUCAUGAGACGAAGAAACAAAGGCUACAUUCAUCGGAAUUGAGCGAGAUUGAAGAAAAUGAAAUAGAUGAUAGUUCAGCACAAAAUUGUUCUUCAGAGACAACCUUGCCAUUGUCAUCAAAUUCAGAUGUUAGGCCUACUGCUACUGAUUCAUCGAGAGGCAGCGGUUCAGUGUCCCCGAGGCAUGCUGAGAAAGUUGGCCAAACGAAUAUUUCAUCAAGAACACCAAACCAGUAUAGGCUAACUCCUAAAAGUCAAUACCAGCCUACAUUACAAUCAUUUAUUGAUAAAACUGCACAAUUCAAGUCCACUGAUCCUCGUGCAAAAUCAAUAACUCAGCACAUAGGUAGAAUGAUGUGCUUAGACAAUCGUCCUUUUAGCAUGGUUGAAGACAGAGGAUUCACAGAAUUUGUCAAAUUCCUUGAGCCUAGGUAUGUUUUGCCCAGCAGAAAACAUUUUUCAAAUACUGUUGUACCACACAUGUACCAAGAAUGUAGGGAAAAUGUGAACAAAAAGUUGGACGAAGCUGAACAUGUGAGUCUUACAACAGAUAUGUGGACUUCAACAGCCAAUGACGAUUAUCUUGGUCUAACUGUGCAUUUUGUUGAUUCCAAUUUUGUCUUGCAACACCUCAACAUUGGGGUUAUUCCCUUUCCUGAAUUAUCUCACACAGGGAACAAUUUGUGCAAUUUUAUCACAGAAACACUUGAAGAAUGGAAGCUGCAAUCUAAAGUUGUUGCCAUUGUAAGAGACAAUGCCAGGAACAUAACUGCUGGCCUAGAAUCAUCCGAAUAUGAACAUCUGCCAUGCCUAGCACAUACCCUGCAGCUUGUUGUAAAGGAAGGGCUACUGAACAACAAGAAUGUAAAUAAUCUGAUUGCCAACGGUCGUCGCAUAGUUGGCCAUUUCAAACAUUCUUGUAAGGCGACAAAAGAGUUAAAGAAGGCUCAAGCCACGCUGAAAAUGAAAAAACAUAAACUUAUCCAGGAUGAACCAACGCGUUGGAAUUCAUCUCUCCAUAUGCUACAGCGCUUACUUGAGCAAAAACAGUCUGUUUCUUUAGCAUCAGCAACUCUGCAGUUACCUGUGACUUUUUCAUCAGCAGAAUGGAACCUGAUGACAAAUGUAGUAAACCUUUUAAGUAUUUUCAACCAUGCAACAUUGGCUGUAAGUACUCAGUGUGUGACAGCCUCAGAAGUCAUACCUAUAAUCAACAGUUCUACUGAAGAGCUAAGGAAACCAGCACCUACUGGAUCAGGUGUACAGGGCAUCAAAAAUGAUAUGCUUGCUGCCAUAACUUUGAAGUAUUCUGAUGUUGAAGAGAAUAUGUUGUACGCAGUUGCAACAUUACUGGACCCACGAUUUAAACACCAUGUUUUUGUGCAGGACGGUAAUGUCACAAAAGCGAAAGUUUUUUUGAUUGAAGAAGCAAGAAAAACUAUCUGUUUGAAACAACCUGAAACUGAGUCUGUGCCGCAAACAUCCAGCCAAGCAAUGGAAAGCCAUGGUAUGUGGACAUUUUACUCAAACAUAAUGAAGACUGCCCCAAGUGUAAGCCACAUCGCAUCAGUUGAAGAUGAGAUUAAUGUUUACUUGGAAGAACCUAUUCAAAAUUCAAGUACCAACGUUUUCCAGUAUUGGAAAGAAAAUACCAAGUACCCAUGUUUAAAAAAACUGUCAAAGAAAUUUCUUUGCAUUCCACCUUCAACUGUACAUUCCGAGCGAUUAUUCAGCACUGCAGGACUGAUUGUUGAUCAGAAACUGAACCGUUUAGAUCCUGAACGAGUCAAAAUGUUGGUUUUUUUAAAUAAGAAUUUGUGAUCUAAUAAGAAUUUAGGAUCUAAUAAGACUUUGUGAUCUAAUAAGAUGCUUUGCCAGUUUUCAUUUAUUAUUUUAAGAACUUUCAAUUUUAUUUUGUCAAAAGUGUUGUUUUUAUGAUAUUUCACUAUGUUGUCAUUUAUUUCAAAGGUAUAAAGAUUGAAUUUGGUAGUUUCUGGUUUUUUACAAUAUUUUUAAUAAUCACAACUUUUUGUGGCUAUUUAAAGUUUGAUUGAUAAAUGUUAAUGAUUGUACAUUUAGUAAUUAAUAUACUAUUUAUUAAAUUGUAUUCCAAUGAAAUUGUUAGUAUUUUGAUGACUUUACGACAAUUCACUUUUUAUUAGUACUACUGACCUAUUACUAAAUUACGUAUUCUCUUUUCAAAAUUACAUAUUCAACUGGAUUAAACAUAAUCCACAUAAAAAAUAAUGCUUGCCCUACACAUUACACAUUACAGAAUAGUAAUUUCAAUUUCUUUAUUUCAAGUAAUGUAAAGUUUUGUUUUAUGUGUUAAAUUUAAUAGUAUUUAUUUAUUAUUUUGAAAAAUGCUUUUUUAGUGUAUUCAAUAAGUAUGUUUACUGAUUCCAUUGUAACUUAUACUUCAAUCCCGAAAAUGAGAAUCUAUAACUUAACCUAAUUGAUUGGAAUCGAUAAUCGAUAAGAAUCGAUGAUCGCAACAAGACUCGAUAAUCGGUAUCGAAUCGAAAAUUUUGAAAAUUUCCCAUCCCUAGUUUAUACGGUAUGUUAAGUUGUAUUACAUUUUUGAUUAAACUAUAAUACUUACACACAUAAUGACCAUCCUCUGGAACUGGGUCUUCAUAGUAAUUUUUAUGCUCUUUUGUUCGAUAUGGGUAUCUCCUAACUGAAAUGUUAAACUCAGUAAAAUUAAUGUUAACACUCAGUCACAGAAAAAAAAAAAACACUUUGUUGCAAUCUUUUAUUUAUUUGUAUAGGGCUGCUUUUAUGAUAAUAUUUUUGGGAAAAAUAUUUCUAUUUUAUUUUUGUUGUGUUAUUAUGUUUUACUAACUUGUGUCAAAUCAAAUUUGUAAUCUUUCUUUUGUUGCUAUUAAUUUAUCACUGCUUGAUCUAAUAAUUACAAUAUUUUUAAACUAGGUAGAGUAGUCAUCAAAAUGUAUUUCUUAAUCAAACAUGAAUUUAUUACCUGUAGUGGUUCAAUAUAACUACACAAAGUACUGUAAAUACGAAGCGUGUCCAGAAAGUAAGUACCGUUUCAAUCUACCGUCACCAGAUCAGUAAUGUUGCAGUUCCGUGUCUCUGGUUCAUUGCCUGUCCACUGACGCCAUUACAGCCGGUUUGUGUCGUGUUGACAUCGUCCCGGGCUAUGCCCUUCUGAGGCCGAUGUGCCCCCACCUCCCUCCUCACCCACUGCAGGCCCCCCUCCUUCCUCCACCAUCCUAUGUGACCCUGGCAUUUCAAACCACCCGCCAAAGUGUGUGUGUUGUGUGUGUGUGACGGCCCGCACCCAGCGAUGUGACGUCAGUGCUUCACUCCCUUAUCGAUGCCAGCCUGAUUAAUUUUUAACUUGCUUAUUUCUUCCCUACGGUGUUUUACGUUCUUGCAGACGGAAUAAUUGCUUCAAGACGGGCUUUUAUUUAAAUUGGAACAUAAAUAAUUUUCUGUGGCCCGAACGAUGCGAGCAAGGAUGAACAUUCCCGAGGCAGACUAUAUUUAAAUAUUAAAUCAGUUUAAACCAAUUAGUUAUGUAAUGUUAUUGUUUGCAGCUAGUAGGCUAAUUUAAUUAAGCAUUAAUGUGUGAUCAUUCCUUUUCCCGGUGGCACACUUCAUUAGAUAUAUGUAACGGCCAUUGGUUCGUCUCGAGGGCAUGCUGGGAGGAGCCAGUCUGUUGCAGCAGCUGCCAGAAGUAAGGAGCUUCACACACCCGUCGUCAGCAACUCAGUAUUAUAACUGAUCAACGUCCAUCUGCCUACUUAAUUCAUAUAAAUCACUUUCUUUUAACUUCAGGGAUUACCUCGGGCAGUAGACUGUUUUACUUAAGUUUUAUUUAAUUCGCUAGACGGAUUCUGGUCAUGUUAUACGAACUCUAACGCAGUUCAGUGCACGUGUCUGAUCCAUCCUUAUACCGAUUCGUGCCACCGGCUAUUAUUAACAGUGAUACAGCGUAGAAUGAACAGACGAGCAACUUCAAUAAAAGCAUUGAAUAAACAUAUUGGUUUCUUUUGUGUGGGUGACUACGUGGGGAGACAACACACAGACUGAGGCGUGUGGGCCGCCUUCGAGAGCCUACCUUAUUUUUUGGCUUCACAUAUAGCGAGACCCCCGCUGAGAGAGGACAUAAUUCUGUGUAUUUUAUUUAUACUGGGGGAAACGGGCCUCGCUGCACACGAGCUACUUCACGGCCCUGAGGAGAGAGCAGCCGGGUCCACAUUCCCAUAAUACACGUGGUGGCGCCCUAGGCAUAACACUAAGUCUCUACAAACAUAUAACCAACCCCCAUUGCGACAGCAGUGUUUACAUGUGUUAGUGAGCGUUCAAAAUGUUUAAGACGAUUGCUGAUCCCGCCGACUGUGAUGUAGGUUCAUUAAUACGGUUUUCAAAUGCAAAGAAUGUUAAACCAGCUGAAUUUUAUCGCCAACUUGUAGAGAUUUAUGCUGAAAACGUAAUGACUGAUGUAAUGGUUAGAAAGUGGGUUUGACAAUUCAAUGAUGGAUGCAUCAAUGUUCAUGACAACACACGGAGUGGACGGCCUUCUGUUGUCAAUGAUGGUGUGGUAAAUGAGAAUGAAUGAGAAAGUGAAUGAGAAAAUUUGUGAAAACAGACGGUUCAUAAUAAGAAUGCUUUGUGGUGUAUUUCCACAAAUUUCAAAAACUGUUUUACAUUAAAUUGUUACAAAUCACCUAAAUUAUCGCAAAUUGUGUUCUCGUUGGAUUACAAAAAUGCUUAUGGAUGUCCACAAAACGAAGCUACUUGGAAGUACUUUGACAUUUCUUACCCGAUACAGUAAAGAGGGCCAUGCAUUUAUAAACAAAAUUGUGUCCAAAACGGUACUUUCUUUUCGGACAAGCCUCGUAAAAUUAAAGAAGUAACUUAAAUAUUGAAUUAAAUUUGAUCUCUUACCAGAUUUGUAAUUUUCUUCAGAUUUGGAUUCUUCUAGAGGUACGAAUACAGCUCUUUCAUCACUGUAUGACAGCAAACUGAAAAUAAUGAUUUGAAAAAGUGUCAGACAAAAAUGAUGACAAAUAAAAUAAAUUAUUUUUCCAAAAAGUUCAAAAAAACAUGAAAACAUUUAGGCACAUGAACAGUAAAAACAUAUUAUAAAACAAUGAAAAUUCUACAUUAAAAAUGUAAAUGUCAAGGGCAAACUUGAAUAUCCAGUCAGUCAAGUUACUGUUAGCGGCCGCAAUUUUGUUGAUAACAGACAUGUUGAUGUGCGCUCCUCGCAAAUCUUACGGUGUCAUGAGUGCAUUAAUUUUGUUUAUUUCCUGCUAACCAUAAGUACUGAACGUCAACCAACAUUGACGCGCCACAAGGCGAAGCACCUGAAUUUUUGGGAUUCCGUCAGCCCCUCGAACUUAAUAAUGAAAUUAUCUUAGAACUAUCUCAGGGCGCAUAAGAACAUGUUACGGUCUCCGAAAAAACAUGUCCAUUGGAGUCUGAAAGUACAAAGGAAUUAAAGAUGGAUACAUGUAAAUUGUAUGUUUGAAUUAGUAUGGAGAAAUCUCUAGAUAUGAAAAUCACAACCAUAAAUCUGAAGAUCUUGCUUCAAAGACUCUAUUACUGGACUCUAGAUCUGAAAUAUCUGAGAUAAAACAAGAAAUCACCCAAAUAAAACAGGAUCUAACGGCUCUACAAAAUAAUUCGGUCAAGCUCUCCAACAAGCGUCAGGAAAUUCAAUAUUCAAACAUGUGUCAGUAGCAACAGUGGUCCACGGGAACAUAUGGUAACAGCUGGUGACAGUGGUAUGCCCGCUGACCUACAUAUGACUCAGCAGUGUUUGUGCAAUGUCGUCAGUUCCCAGAAUAAACCAAAAAGUAGAUGAUCAGGGCUUUACUACAGUUCAACACACACGCGAACCCAACCCAACAGCAAUAAGAGUCUAAAACACUUUAAAAUGAACGUAAAAAAAAUAAUUACCAAUGAAAGCAGGAGUUAGAAGCUCUACUGCAUUAAAAACUUAACUGUUUUGAAACCAACAUUCAGGAAAAUUAAAGACCUUUUUUUGUAACCUGCUUUGAACCUUCCGUGAAGAAAAAUGGAUGAGAUUACUGAACUUAUCUUUCACAAGUGAAAGUGACUAAACGUUUCAACAAGUAUGACUCAUGCUUCUUUCCAUAUCUCAGUUUUAAAUUAUUUUCCCAUAACAUACAACUCGGUCUUUUGGCCUAAUGGGUGCCUCAUAAGCCAAUUCUAUGGGAAAUAGCAUCCUGAACAACUUGCUAAUGACAGUUCAACUGUUUGUGGUCCUGUAAAUCUUAACUGUAAUAUUGGUAAGCCUGUGUCAGAUGUCAUCUUUAGGAAGGAGCACUCAUGAUGUAAUCCAUGCCCUGUUCCCAAAAUUAGAAAUAAUCUAUCAAGGCACAGAAGCAAUCACUUAUGUGGCAGACAUUAACUUAGAAUCUAUUAAGUGUCUUGCAGGUUUGCAGACAGGAUAGUUUGUCCACAUUGUACACCCUUAAGCUUUGUAGUAAAAAUUUCAAUAAAAAAAUAUAUAUAUUU